GGCUGCAGCACUUCCUUGUUUAUCGCCUUGUCCACAUCCUACUAAGCGCUACGGAAAUAAUCUCCAUCGUUUAAUGGCGCGGUCAUUGUACCAUCAAAACCAUCGAUAGCGGCGAUAUAACACACGCUGUACCCAACCAAGGACAUACAUUUGAAGUUGUGCUCGUCUUUGAAGGAUUAAAGCGCGAUGAUGGCGUCCAGCUAUAACGCGAAGGAGGAGGACGGUCAUCAUCCGGGAUUGGUGGGCUCCGGCGGCCCGGGCGCCGUCAAGAGCAAGAAGCCGGACAACACGGCCUUUAAACAGCAGCGUUUGCCCGCCUGGCAGCCCAUCCUGACAGCAGGCACCGUCCUGCCUGCCUUCUUCAUGAUCGGACUCAUCUUCAUCCCCAUCGGCAUCGGACUCUUCGUCACCUCCAAUAACAUCAAAGAGUUUGAAAUCGACUACACUGGUGUCGACAUGUCCAGUCCGUGUUACAACUGUGCACAGAACUACAGCUGGAACAGCACUAGUGUGUGCACUUGCACUGUUCCCUUCACACUAGACCAGCCUUUCGAGAGUAAUGUUUUCAUGUAUUACGGACUCUCCAACUUCUAUCAAAACCACAGACGUUAUGUCAAAUCCAGAGAUGACAGUCAGCUGAAUGGAGACAAAAGCUCUUUACUGAAUCCGAGUAAAGAGUGUGAACCGUAUCGAACAAGUGACAGGAAGCCCAUUGCUCCUUGCGGCGCCAUUGCUAACAGUCUCUUCAACGAUACACUGGAGCUGUUUUAUAUCCAUCCAAACGGAAGCAAAAUCGGCAUUCAUCUGGUGAAGACAGGCAUUGCGUGGUGGACUGACAAACACGUCAAGUUCAGAAACCCAGGAGGAAGCAACAACAACCUCUCCGUUGUUUUCCAAGACACCAGCAAACCUGUAAACUGGCGUAAGGCUGUCUACGAGCUGGACCCGGCUGAUCCCGAGAACAACGGUUUCGUCAACGAGGACUUGAUCGUGUGGAUGAGAACCGCUGCUCUUCCCACGUUCAGGAAACUGUACCGCAUCAUUCAGAAGAAGAAGGACACCAUGACCCCAACACUACCGCCGGGAAACUACAGCCUGGAGGUCGCCUACAAUUACCCCGUGCGCAGCUUCGACGGCCGCAAGCGCGUGAUCCUCAGCACCAUCUCCUGGAUGGGGGGCAAGAACCCGUUCCUGGGGAUCGCCUACAUCACAGUGGGCUCAGUGUGCUUCUUUCUGGGCGUCGUCCUGCUGAUCAUCCACCACAAAUACGGCAACCGCAACAACAAUGCUGACAUUCCCAAUUAAAGGCGCAUCGGUGUGUGUGAAGAGUCCAGCAUGGUGGAAACACACUGGUCCACACAGCCACUGCUUGCUGAGUUAUUGUGUAUGCACUGGCCGUUUUGAAUUCUACUUUUGUUUUCCAAGCACACCAAAGCUUUAUAGUGUAAAUAAGAGCAGGUUCUUGAGUGCGAUGGAGUUGAUUUUUCCAUAUAAAGUAUUUUGGGGUGAGGACAAUAUAUGAGCAGAGUUACUGACUGAUGUGUUUGCAUAUAAUAGCACUGAAUCUAGCUAAAUCCCACAGAAAAAAUGUCCACAUCGAUGUUUUCCCCCCAAAUCCAAAUAUAGAUUGCCAUUCAGAGUUUUUAAAAGAAGAAAAGUCUCUUCUGCUUAUCAAUCCUACAUUUAUUUGAUCCCAAGCAGUGCUGCGGGUAACAUUUUACGUAGUUACAUUAUAAUAUUACUUUUCUAAGUAACGAGUAAAGUAACAGAUUACUUUUAAGAAAUAAGUAGUGAUAUUUGAGUUACUUUUUAAUGUAAUUAAUUAGCUUUUAAAUAAUAUUAAAUUAAAAUUAAAGUAGUCAAUGAAUCAUGUAAAAGAGAGAACGUGUUGAUUAUUUUGAACACAUCGAAGAACAGGAAAAGGGAUUAUAGUCUCAAUGGACGGUGAUUUUACUUAAGACAAAUUGUACAAAAGUAGCAAACACAUUGCUUUAAACUGUAAUUUAAACUGCUUUAAUCUGUAUAUAUGGCUUGUAUAGCUCUGGGGUCAGAAAGUUCUCAGGUAACAGUAUCCUAAAAUAUUAUGCGCUAUAUUAAACACAUUAUGUUAAUUAUAUUAAGUGUCUUUUCAAAGGUAAAUGAAGGUUAUAUAUUGCAUUGUUAAUUGAGUAAAAGAAAAAAAA